AUGUCCAUUACAACCUCGUCGAAUUCCAACAAUGUAUUGAUUGAAUCCGGAACAACAGAACCAUUAGUAUCACCACCUAAUAUAAUUCAACAAUCCUCUACAGGAGCAACAACAAUAACAACAUCCAAUGAAUCAUCAAUAAGUCCAAAUAGUUCUCGACGUGCAACGAUUUCAUUAAUACCUCCAAUAAGUACGCGACUUGUUAAUGUAUCAACAAUUAAUACAACACCUGUACCGAAUAAAUUACCUUUGACAACAACUUCAACAAAUACCUUUUUAUAUCACGAUGGUCGUAUGCUUUUAACAUCAGCAGCGAAAAAAAUGAGUAAUAGUAUUCCAGCAACAUCAAAAAAUACAACAUCAACAGCAACUAACCAAGACUCAAAUCAUACUUUCACAAUUUCAAACGAUAAUGUUGAUGAACGUGUAACUUUGUCAAAUGAUGAAUCUAUGUGGCAUUUCAAGAUAUCAAAAUCUGAACAAGAUGCAUAUGAUAGAGACAUACAUCGUCUUCGAUUUAUCGUGAAACCAAAAGGUAGAGCUUCACAAAAUAUAUCGAUCACGGAAAUCAAUGUACUUCUCCGAAGCACUCACAAAUUAAGACGACAAAUGUUGUUAGAAAAGAAAGAUGCAGAAUUUAGUUUGAAAGUUGUUCAACAUCAAGAGAUAUUUCACCAAGAAGCAUUGAUUUAUGAAUAUUCAUUGAUAAAAAAUAAAUUAUUUUCAUAUGAAAAACUUGAACAUGAAGCUCGUACAUUACUUGAUAUACAUAUUCGUAAAUAUUCAAUUUCAAAUGAACAUUUUCUGACUGAAAGAGAUUUUCAAGCGAUACAAAAAUUAUGUAAUGAUCUUGAUGAAUCAAAUAUAAUUUUUAAAAAUGGAUUAUCUGAUUUUCAUCCUCAAAUUGGAGUUCUAAUGGUACCAUCUGCUAAAUCAGGUGUUGAAAAAGCCUUUAUGUUUAUAAAAAACUUGCCAUAUAAAAUGUAUAUUCAUAUUGGUAUUACCGGUCUACAUAAAAUAUUAGCAUUUCUUGUUAUUGUAUAUAUGAAUCUCAAUCAUUGGCCUACUCAUAAAUUACUUUUAAUGCUUAUUGAAAACUCAAAAGGAAAUAGUAAUUAA